ACAUUUAACCUACCUACCUCUCUGCUCGGAUCUUGUGGGAAUGCGGGCGGCGCUCUUGUUGGAUGUCUAGCGAGAAUACCCAAGGGUUCACGGACGGCAGCAUAUGCAACCUCAGUAGUGGCGCGGUCUAUCGUGAGGAUAGAUUGCGCUAGUCUGUACGCGGAACGAGUCAUUUUCGCCUUUCUCGACGUGCCUCGCGCGGAUAGGAUGGCGUCCCCAGGGUCCGAAAGCCGGGCCAAAGUCUGCUCGGUGUGUGACAAGAUCCUCUGGUUCGACCUGCAGCCCGAGGAUGUGUACGGGACACCCCACCACACCACCCGGCGCGCGCUGGAGGUGUCCGCCAAGUCGUGCCGGCUGUGCGGCAUGGUGCUGCGUGCCGCGGUAGCGAACUACCAGGACUCGCGGGGGCGGCGGCACGGCAAGGGCUACUGGAGGCAGUUCAACGCCAUCAAGUACCACAGCGGCGCCACCGUGACCGACAUCACCUACGUCAAGGAGAUGGGCUCAUGCCUGCCGGCGACAUCAACGGACUACAACAACAACGCCGUCGGACGCGCCGUCCUGGGUGCCACGGGAAAUAUCACCGCCGACGGCGGGCACGUAAGCGACGAAAGAGAGGUGCCCAACCUCGAGGCACUGACAGUCAAGGAGGACGAGAGCGCGGACAUGCCCGUAUGGCUCUACGGUAACUGGUGGGCCGAGAAGGAGCCGAGCGGCCCGGACGACACCUCGCAUCUGCGAUUGAUGGGUGUGGGCGCUCGCUUCGGAAAGACCCAGAGCAUAUCUGACGCCCUGAACUGUAGGCCGAAUCAGAUCCACCUGCGCGGAAGCUACCUGGGGAUAUGCGCGAGCGACGACAGCCUGUUUGAGAGGAUACCAGGCCGCCUGCGCGAGGCAAAUUCGGACUCCGAGCGCGCGAUCGGCCGCCUCGAGAUGUGGCUGCAGGACUGUGCUACCAGCCAUCCCUUCUGCGGACCUCCCCAGCUCAACACCCCGCUCCCCACGCGGGUCAUCGACGUGUUCGCGCACGAGCGCAAGGUGUCCGUGACGGAGACCCGAGGCCAGAAGGGUAGGUAUGUGACGCUGAGCCACUGCUGGGGCACGUCGUCGCGGCUGAUGGCGACCAAGUCAUCGAUCCGGGAUCUCGAGGACGGCAUCGCCGUGUCGUUUCUGCCGAAGACUUUCCAGGACGCGAUCCAGAUCACGCGGCGCCUUGGCGUCCCGUAUCUCUGGGUUGAUUGCCUGUGCAUCAUCCAGGAUGAUCCCGAUGACUGGGAGCGCGAGGCGGCCGCGAUGAGCAGGGUCUACCGCAAUUCGUACUUGACGAUAUCCGCGGCGGCGUCGAGAGACAGCUAUACCGGCUGUUUCCCGAAGCGCGAGUCGAACGGGUACGUCUCGCCCGCCAACGUCUCGCUAGGGUACGCUGUGCCGCGGGAGGCUACGGGGCCGAGGAGCCAGUCCCUCGCGUACCAGCACACGUCGCACCCGGGCCGGUCGAACGCGAUCUACCUGUUCGAGGAAUGGCUGCCGGGGUCUAGCUUCCACUUCCCGCAGCGAAUGGAGAUCGGCUCGUUCGGUAAGCGCUUCGACCCCAUCGCCGAGGAGCCUCUCAGCACGCGUGCGUGGACCCUCCAGGAGCGGCUGCUGUCGCCGCGUCUCGUCCAUUACGCGCGCGACCAGAUGUACUUCGAGUGCGAGACGUGCCUGCGAUCCGAGGACGGCUUCACGUUCCGGGACAUCUUCUUUGGGAUGAAGCGCCUGCUACAGACGCAACUCAUACCCCACGCGCAGCACGGGCUCUCGCCGUCGUCCGGCCUCUCCUUCAUCGUCGGCCAAGACACCGGCGGCAAGAGCCCCGGCGUCCGGUGGCAGGGCGGCUGGCUGUCGCUGAUAGAGAACUACACAAUGCGCCACUUGACCGUAUCCCAGGACAAGCUGACUGCGCUAGCCGGCGUCGCGAGGGCCAUCGCCGAGGAGACAGGGGACCGCUAUUUCGCCGGGCUAUGGGCGAAGCACUUUCUCGAAGACCUCUGCUGGAGGACAUACCCCCAGGAGGAGAUCGACGACCGCCGGGAUUCCAAGAUAACGCCGAAGCUAGGUAAGCUUCUAGGGACCGUCCGUAAGCCCGCCACGUAUCGAGCGCCUAGUUGGUCCUGGGCCUCUCUCGAUGGGCCCAUCAGACAUAUUGCGCUAUCCUAUAGUAAGCUAGUAGCUAAACUUAUCAACUGCUCGACUGUCCCGGCGGGAAAGGACCCGUACGGACGAGUGUCGGGUGGAAAACUGGGUAUCCAGGGGCCGAUCUAUCAGGUCAAGCCGCACGAGCUGAAGAGACGAUGGGAUCGGCACGGCAUCCCAGUGGAGAUCGACUUGGAGGAUGAGCGCGGCAUAUCAGUAGGUGCGCUGCACCUGGACGUGCCGGGGGAGGAGAUCCCUUACCCGUGCUUCGCGCUCUUCCUCGAUCCCGCGAAGGCGCUGAUCCUGCGGGCGAAGGAGCUCGAACCCAAGCAGAACGACGACGGGACGACGGACCCGCAGACGCUGGUCCCCAAGCCCAUCCUCACGACGUCCGACGUCAACCGCAACAUCGCGCGGAGCCCGCACAUGAAGAACCUCACGUUCCAGGCCCUCUUCGACGCCGUCCGCAUCGGCGUCGCAGUCUUCGUCAAGGGCUCCGCCGACAACCGCAAUAAACCCGAAACUGAGGACAAGGAACCGGAGCUGUGGGAUGAGGCGAAGCACGGUAAGCUGACCCUGGACAAGCUUACACAUAUCUCCGGCGAUGGAUCUUGGGGACCCGUUACGAAGGAUGACGCCAAGGUAUGGGUUACUAUUGUCUGAUUCUUCGUUGAUUUGCGAGCACGUGUGUUGCGUGGGAGGACACCCCCCCCCGGGGGCGCCUCGACGAGUAGAUACAAGCUAGUCUUUCGACACGGUUUGUAAAUGCCACGCA